AUGAGCCUGCUGUGCGAACCCGACUCGUUUCACCUCUUUGUAGAGGAUGACCUGGGAUCUUCCCUCAGCAGCUUGGAGAAGGAACGCCAAUCCACCAGCCACAUUGUCAUACUAACGGAUCAGGCCACGUUUCUAAAGGAACGACCAACUCUCUUGGCUACUUUGAAAUUCUUCCUACGUCACUCCAGGGUAGAUUCAAAAGAAAGUUUGCCCCCCCAAGAGGGCCUCUACAGUCUAGAGGGAAAUUUACAAAAUUGCCAACAUGCAGACAGUCCUACUUUUAAUAUAGAGGAGACGAGAUGCAGGAACGGGUUCGUCUUUCCCUGUAGCGACGAUGAGGACCAUCUCGGUGAGAAAUCUACCCAUUCUUCGAGCGGAAAGAGUGCUAAUCAGGAUGGGAAGAAAAAUUCUGAACAGGUGAGACAGAAAAUGACAAGUAGUAACAGAAUCGAUGGUAAAUCCGCAGAUUGGAUGGUUCUUUGGGAAGUCAAGCAGGGGAUGCACCACCUUGGAGGCAAUGACUCAGGAGAGGUACAACAAAUUUUCGAAAAAUAUGAACAGUCCCUCGUGGGGAAAUUUGUCCGGAAACCCCACCUCUUUGCACACCAAGUUAGGAACGUCCUAGUGAUCAUUUCGAAUGUACAAAAGUGGGAUGAUAAGGUGGAGGUUGCUCAGCAGUUAAUUGACCUGUUGGAUAGAAACGCCACUUUGAAGGAAGCACAGAUAAUAUGCUUUGCCAGUGAGCAUAUUCUAGAAAGCGUUUAUCACUUUAGUCGGGUCCUGUGCAAAGGGCUGAAGGUGCAUCUAUUUCCGUCCAGCGGACGCGCCCUCGUUGAACUAGUGGCAGACGCCGCAGGAUCCUUCGAAUGUUGCCAUAAAGCAGAACAGGCCUGUGAUGAGGCUAUUCACACCAACCAACAAGACGCUUUCCCCACCGAUGAACACAAUACAAUUUGCGCUUAUAGCGUAACGCAUGUCUGCACUGGAUUGCUAACAUCGUUGAAGGAGGAAGACUGCAAGGGGAUAUUUGUCCAGGCGUUAAAACUAGCCAUCCUGAAUGACCCCAAGCUGUUCUCCCACAUAAAGAACACCGACUUGAACCAGUUUAAAAAAAGGAUAAAAUAUUUUCUUCGCCGAUUGUUGAUAAAUAGUUGUAAGAUAAGGAGAAAAGGAAAGAAGAACAAAAAAAUUAGGAACAUUCUACAGUUUGGAAGUACCAUUGGAAAUGUAAUAAAAAAUGCGAAGGGAAAUCCCCUAAACGGCGUCUUCACAAAUGAAGAAAUAUUUCUCUGUUAUGGCAUUUACUACGAAAUGAGGAUGCUUUAUGAGAUGGAUGUGGUAGACCUCAUCCUCCUCGUGGAGGUGGAGGAAAUUAUGAUGAAGCAAAAAAUGAAGUAUAAGUUAAGCAAUAAUUAUUUGAACUACUACACACAUGAGAUUAUUCACCACCUUACGGAGGGACAUGCAUCUAAGAGGGAUAGAAUUUUAUUAGUUCACCUUACAGGAAUAGGAGAGGUGCACCUUGAUGUGAUGAUUAGCGUGCCGUUAAGCGUCGUUUGUAGGGUUCUCUGUCCCAUGGUAUGCUUUCCCCCGCGAAGUAUGCAUUUAUCUAUGAAGGUGACUGAACCCACACAAAAAAAAUGGGAACCACCAUUCGUUUAUAUCAGCCAUGUGGGAAACAAAUCGGAAGCCAUUCGAGUGAUUUACGUCAGCUGCAUGAGCAGAGAAAACAUCUCCCUCAGGAAUGUAACCCCAUGUCUCGAUGUGGUAGUUUUCGUAAAAAUAUUAAGGGAGAUGAAAUUUGACAUAAACAUGACAAGAAAAGGAAUCACCACCACCAAUGCAAAGGACCUCUCACCGAGGGGACACGUCCUACAUAUAAAGGGAAACAUACAAAGGAGUGCUUUCUUAUUUAAACGGUUCACUUACCAAAGGGGAAUCACCCUCAAUGUGUACAACUGCGGAACGGUGUGUCGUUUCAUUUUGCCCCUCCUUUGCCUCUACAUCUGCAAACAAAAUUUGAAGGCAAAAAAGAGAAAAAAACGGGUUCUAAAAUGGAUUCUGCUGAAAGGAAGCAAACAAAUGGAAACCACUCGAAUAAUUAGCCCCCUCGUGCAAGUCCUACGUCAAACGUUCAAGUGUGUAAAUAUUGAAUACACGAAAAAGGAAAAUUAUUUGCCCAUAUGUAUUAGUGUGAAGGAAGGGGUCAACCUGGAGGAGAGAAUCUUCUGCACGGAAUACGUGCGAAUUGAUAAUUACCACUCGAGUCAGUUCGUCUCGUCGAUGCUGCUUCUGUCUGCAUUCUCGGAGACCGACACGUGCAUCGGGUUGAUGUUUAAGAGGGUUGCUCAUAAAGGGGGGGGAAGAAUCAACAGUGGAAGCAUGAAUCGACGUGAUGAAAGAGAGGAAGCCCAUAUCCGUAAAGCAGCGCAGGGAAGAAUUGUCCCCCUUCCAAAUCGGACCGUAUCAUUCGUCCUAGGUGCCCCGUCGUCCAGACCCCUUCACCACAGAAUGCUUUCCUCCCUUUCGACAAAGAGCAACGCAACGUCUGCACAUCAUACGAAGCGAGGGGAACGCACCGUCGAAAACGGCACGAAUAAUUCACCACCUUAUGCAACAACCAAAGGAGAAACCACCACGCAGCACUUCACUACUACGUCAAAGUCGUUUAUCGAUCUGACCAUCCGGGUGAUGAAAUUGUGGGGAGUGCAGGUCAGAAUGAAAAACUUCUGCUAUGUUUUGAAGAAGGUAAGUAGGUACCCCUCUUAUGGGAGAAGGAGAAGCAAACUGGCCUCCCGCAAAAGUCUUGUUAGCCGUGUUAAGUGGUUCAUUUGUGCGGUGACUGGUGUGAGCAGCUUCCGUUUUCCCCGCACAGGUGCCACCAAACGGGGGGGAGAGGAGGUAGAAUCUGUUAACAGCCCAGUGAGGCUACCUAUAGAUGUAAAAGGAGAGGAAGAGGAAUGGUAUCUCUCUCGGUCAAGUAGCGCCCCCAUGUAUAGUGCUAACUGCACUUCUUCCUAUGAAGUGCAAAACGAUUUGGGAUUGCUCAUUUAUUUCAUCAUUGGCUGUCUCAUCAGGGGGGAGAACUGCGCCAUCGAUAUGGGGCUCCAUCUAGACGGGGUCGACUUGUACCCCGCUGAGGACGCCGUGAUGAGCGGACAAAACGGACAAGGAGAACGUAUCUCGCAUGGAUCUCAUGGGUCGGGUGGUGCUUGUGCCCUGCGCUCCCCCGGAUUAUGCAGAAUCAAGGCGGUAAGGUGCCAGACGAACAUCCCCAACUAUGCCCUCCUGAAUGUGUUACUCCUCCUUGGGGUGGACAUAUACGUCGAAGUGGGGGGAAGCCAUAAAAAGAGCAAAAAACUGUAUCUGCUCACUUCAAAAAGGAUUAGCAUUAGGGAAGAGUGGAUAAGGGGGCUUCUUCUCCCCGGGGGGGCAACUUCCAAACGGAGAAAUGACCCAAUGGGGGGUAGAGUCAAGCAAGCCAAAUGGGAGGUCUUCCAGCAUGUGCACCUAAAAAUGAAGCUACUUUCAAAUAAAAUGCACCUCAAAGUGGUAGUAGAUGUGGAAAAUUUUUCUGAUGAUUUUUUUUCCCUGAGUGUUCUCUUUUGCUACUACCUCCUAAUACACCCAACGGAAUUCUUUUCCUUUAAGAUAAAAAACGUGCGAAAUCAGAACAUAAAGGAAUCCGUUCGUGUGUAUAACUCGGUUAUCAUACUGAAGCUGUUUUUUCAAAACGUCCUUUGCAUUUUCUGUGACAGGAAUAGUGUGUACUUCAGUCACAUGCGUCAUCAUAUAGAGAACUGCCUGUUCUAUAGGGUGGGCAAGAAGGGGGAACUUCCCCCAGGGGAGGCUCCUUCUGAGGCAGCUUCACCAACUGGUGCCCAACUUGGAAACAGCUCCAAGUAUGUAACGAACGACAAAGGGGAGGUGUACCUAUAUGUAGACACCCAAAGGGAUCAUCGAGUCAUUUUCAUGGUGACCAUUUUGUCCCUCCUUGGGGAAAACGUCCUGAUUGAUAACACUAGCGAGGUGGAGAAGAGCUUCCCGCACUUUUUCCAUUACGCAUAUCGGUACUUAGGGUUAAAGGUAAAUUACACAACUUGUGGGGAACUCAACUUUUACAACUUUACCAAGCUGUGUAGAUAUAGACUGGUGAGUGGGGGCACUGAGGUUCCAUCAGGGGAACCACUCUCAGAUGAGAGAUCCCCUUCCGAGGUUUCCCUAACGUGGAGCGAUUCCUCAGUAAGGAGUAACAUCCAUCAUGUAUCUACUGAGAUGGAAAAUCCAUCACAUGGGAACCAAAUUAAGUGCAUACAGGAUUAUCAAAAAAGGGGAGCCAAAAAUGUGGCUAUAAAAAUGGGAGAAGAAAAAAAGGGGAAAAACUUCCACGGAAAUAUGAAGAUCCGGUCUAUCCUAAAAAAAAACAGAGGAGAAGAAGGAACGAAAUUUACAAAUGGUCAGGCUGAAGGUCCUCCAUCUAGCGGAGACGGUUCCACAGAUUCGAGCUUACACCUGGAGGGAGGGUACCUUUAUAAGGAGCUGGACAGUGUGGACUCCCCCAUCGGGGAAAUCACCUCUGCUGAAGGGAGUACCAUUGAAGGUGAGGGGGUCUCCAUCCCUACACAGGACGAAUCGAAAGGGCAAGGGUGCCAGGAAAGGGAACAAAGCAUGUUAGCCUCUCCUGGGGAGAAACUUCCCCUCAAAGACACCUGCGAUAGAAUUACUACCCAUCGAAGGGGGGUCCUUCCACCGGACCCGAACUACUGGAGGGAAUACCACUACGAGGAGCUUCUACACGGAAACGACGCAGACAUCCUUCACCUAAUCAACCAAGUGAACAAUCUGAACAUAAGUGUCAUAUGCGGGAUUAGAAAUGUGGGGAAAAGCUACCUCAGCAAACGGAUAAAAACGAGUGACCUUGUGAUUGACCUGGACGAAUUCAUCCUUCAUGGGCCGAUACGCUUUGAUCGACUCACCAUCGAUGACUUCAGGUACUACGAGUAUGUCACCUUCGUUUCGAUGCUCUAUCUGGCGUAUUUAAUUUUUGCGGGGGAAAUUUGUCACCAUGACAAGGGAGGAAAGCCACUGCACAGUCAACAGGAUCUCCAAGGGAUUACUCAAUCCAUGGGAACGACUGGAGAAGCCCAAGCCAUCUUUCGUGAAAACCCCUUUUUGACCCUCCGAGAAGAUGUUGUCCUCUUUUACAACAAAAAGGUGAAUCGCCUUUAUCACACCAUGAAGGAAAAACACUUCCGCAAUGAUCGCGAAGUGGUUGUCCAGAGCGUUACCAUCGUCCUCGGUGGAGGCAUCGUAGAAUUCGAAAAGUCCAGGCAAGUUAUGGACAAAGUGAAAAACCUUUUCCUGAUUAAAAGACCCCCAAGCGAAAUUUACCAUAUGUGUAUUAACGACAGGGUAAAACCUCCAUUAAGUGGAAACCUGCAAGAAAUAAUUAACAGAAGAACCAUCCUCUUUGAAAAGGUGAAUGCCUUUCAUUUUUCCAUUCCCCCGGAAGAGGACAUAAAGAGGUGCCUAAAGAAUGCGAACAAGUCCAGGAAUGAACUGAUAGUAAGUAGCUUUUUAAACUUCUUUAACUACCAAUUUUUUGUGAAGCCCACAAUGAAGCAUACCUACGCUAGGGUGGCCAUAACAGGGAAAGGCCUACUCUCCUUGCGUCUAACAGAUUUUUUUUCGUUCGACUAUGCGUCCUUGGAUGGCACCUACGAGGUGGUUGAACUUGUCUUGGAUUGCUGGCCAGGUGGUAGUCACCACAAUGAGGAAAAAGAGAAGAGGAGGGACCUGCUCGAGCUGGCCAUUUUCAUCAUCCGAUCAUACACGGACAAACCGAUCUGUGUGAAGUUCCCCAAGUGGGUUUUGGACCCCAAUUUUUAUGAACGCCCAAAUGGGGGAUCCCCCCGAGGACAAAAAAAAACUCCCUACGGAUACAGAUACAGAUACACCCCAACCAAUAUGUACAAAUACAAAAUUAACCUCUUCGACGUUGAUGUUAAUUUUUUUAAAAAGGUGAAAAACUUCAUGCCGCGGAAGAGAGAAAAUAUUUUCCUCAUCAUUUCGAAUUACCGGGAGAGGGUUCACAAGGGGCAAGUAACAACCGACCUGUAUAAACUAGACAAGUCGCACGCUGAUUUGAUAAGGCUAACUUUUGCACAGGCGACCCAUUCCGAUCGGGAGACUCUCCAUUUGGAGAUAAUUCGCCACUAUGAGAGAAGACAGGGAAGGCUGGGGAAUCCCCCAAUUUCUCACGUUAGAGGUAUUAGGAGAGCACCAUGUUACAAUGUUCCAGCUGAUCAAGUCGCUCACCAGCAGCGUUACGAAAUUUCUGCUUACAUGUGUGAGGUGAAUGACCCGCUCGUCUUUCUCUACAACGACGUUUCCCACGUGGGAUGCCCGCAGCUGGGGUUAGCAGCGGAGGUGAAGAGGGAACGGCGAACCCACCCCCAAUGCUACAUGCACAGCUUCUACCACCAAGGGGUGAAGACCAUCAUUUCUUGUGUCCCCCGGUGA